AUGCUCAACGACAACAUCGAGGUGUUCCUCCGGCGCGUAGGCCCGCGCCCAACGAGAUAUCUAGAAUACGUUCGCCCCGGCCACGAGCAGAAGUUCCUGUCGCAGGACAUGCAAUGCUACGUCGCGGCUACGAGUGAGGAGCGCUUCCAGAUUCACGUGCGCCUACACCACGGCUUCAGGUACUUCACGGCCACCUGCCUGGAGAUCCGCCUCUGGCUCGACGCCCACGACGAGCCCGACGUCUACCUCCGCAGGAAGGUUCACGUUCCCGUCAACGGUCUCAAGUAUGUCGACUUCGUCCUCAAAGACUUCGCCGUUCAGGUCGGAGAUCACUGGGAGAACGGCGACCUCUGUUUCGGAGAGGUCCAAAUUGAUGGCGACAAGGAAAAGCGUUACAGGAAGGCGGACCUCAUGGACCGCUCCAGAAAGCUCGGUACCAUCCGCGUCUCCGUUCAGCGCGGUCGCCAGGACGCCGAUGGCGUUGGACAGGAUGAACCGGAAUCCCUUGCGCUGGAUGGUAAAAUCACGUCGACUGAUCACCUCAAUGGCAUCAGCCAUUACGUGAAGACUGUCAACAACCGCGUCAUCGACGCGCUUGACAGUGACAAGUCGACGCUCUUCAAGCGGGUAGCCGGACACCAUGGAGAUCGCUUCAACUUUGAAUUCCGCUACCGUCACCGGACCGAGCUUCAGCGUCUGGGAAUGAUAGACGAGAAUGGCCGCCCUAUCGUCACCAUCUCCAACAACGAGGACGAAGACGAGCUCCCCAUCGCGCCCAGCCGGAGAGUGUUCACACAUACCAAUCCUCGUAAUCUGCCAUCUCCCGCCCUGGCCUCCUCCCCUCCUCCCUUGUCGACAGCUCUCCGGCCAUACCUUCCUUCCCAGCACACUUUCUCCUCCAGCCCGCUCUCCGGCCACAGCACGAAGAGGGUCAACAUCCCGGCCGCUUCCCAUCAACACAAGAAGCGCCGCCUUCUCCCCGCCGCGUCCAGUUCGCGCAAUCAGAGCACAUCCCCGCUCCCGGCAUAUCCUCCGGCCAAGAGCCGCAACGCCGAGUCGCCAAUCGAUCUCACGCGCAGCAUCUCCCCCGCAUCCUCGUCGCCAGCAAAGACGUCGCCGGCAUCAGCGUUCUCCUCGCCUAGGCCCUCGCCGUCUUCUUCGUCGCUGUCGUCGUCUAAGCAGCUGCAGUCGACGCAGCACCGCCCACUGGCCCGGCAGCCGACGCGCUUCCCGACCGCGACGACACCCUCGACUAGGGUUCUCCCCACGACCGCCGGGGUUCCUGGCCCCACAAGCACUCUUCCCACGGCUCGUCUGCCCGCGUCCUCGCCGGCAUCUGUGGUGACGCCCUCGGUUUCUCCUCCGAGAACCGACGAAGUGCCCUUCACAACGUUCAUGGCGGGAGUACAGGCGGCGGGUAACAACAGCGCAGAUACAAAUAGUGGUGUUGGUGGUCGCAGCGAUCCUCCUGCUGCGUCUCCCGGUGGCGAUGGCGAUGGCGAUGGCGACGGCCACGACGACGGCAUGAGCGAAGCGGAGCUGCAGCUGGAGCUGCGCCGCAUGGAGAUGCAGCAGCGCGCGUUCGAGCUCGAGAAGAAGCAGCUAGAGAUGCAGCAGCGGCAGAUGGAGUACGAGAUACGGCUGGAGAGGAUGAAGAGGGCGAGGCAGCAGGGACAGCAUCAAAGCUUGCAGAGCGGUGACGGUGAUGGUGAUGGGUCGGCUUGGGACGGCCCUGAGGAAGUUUAG